AUGUGUGAGCGGGCGGCGCGCCUCUGCAGGGCCGGCGCGCACAGACUGCUCCGGGAGCCGCCGCCGCAGGGCCGGGCACUGGGGGGGCUGCUCCGUUGGGUGGGAGCCAGAAUGGGCGAACCCCGGGAGCCGCUGGCCGACGGGCAGGGGGCCAGGACUGGCCCUGGGCUCUGUCCCACUCCGCCUCCGCCCCCAUCCCCGCCCCGGAGGGGCACUUCGGUCAUCCUGGACAUUUUCCGCCGGGCUGACAAGAAUGAUGAUGGGAAGCUGUCCUUGGAAGAGUUCCAGUUGUUUUUUUCAGAUGGUGUCCUUAAUGAAGAAGAACUUGAGAAGCUCUUUCACACGAUUGACUCUGACAAUACCAACCAUGUGGACACCAAAGAGCUGUGUGAUUAUUUCGUGGACCAUAUGGGAGACUAUGAGGAUGUCCUAGCCUCCCUGGAGACCCUGAACCACUCGGUCCUGAAGGCUAUGGGCUACACCAAGAAGGUCUAUGAGGGGGGAUCCAACGUGGACCAGUUUGUGACCCGCUUCCUUCUCAAGGAGACGGCCAAUCAGAUCCAGUCACUGCUCAGCUCCGUCGAGAGUGCCGUGGAAGCCAUCGAAGAGCAGACUAGCCAGAUACGACAGAACCCCGGCAAGCCCAGCCAAGGGAUGGUGGAUCAAUGGUAUGGCAACCCGGCUCCCCGCUAUACCCCCAACCACAGACUCUCCUCCGCCGAGCUGGGGAAGAGCCUCCCAUCUGGUUCUCCGGACGCCAAGGAGGAAGGGCUGGAAGCACAGAUCAGCCGCUUGGCCGAGCUGAUAGAGAGGCUGGAGAACAAGGUAAGGAAGGUCCGGCGUCAGCCCCCGCCUCCCUGCUCGUCCAGCGCCACUUCCCAGGCCUGGCACCUGCAGAAUUCUGUCUGCAAAGCCUUCCGGCAUGUGAAGGUAGAUACGCUGACCCAGCCUGAAGCCGUCUCCAGCAUCCCAGUGCCAGCUGCUUGGUGCACGCUGAAUCAAGACUGACGCGACCUCCGGAGAGACGUCGAGAACGUCGUGGUCGUCGGGCCGUGGCCGUGGCCGCUCGCUCGUUCUAAAGAACUGUGUGUCUUUUCUAAGAACUUUGUUACCAGUGCUGUCUUUUCAAUACUCUUCUAAACAGGAACGUAUUUUCUCGUUGUUUGGAGCGAAGGACAAAGAUCCUCCCCCGCCCCCGCCCCGCCCCGUCCUGUACCCUCGGGGCUCCCCCUCGCCCUCCGCCCUCGGUUGCCGUCAGAGUAUUAGAGGCUGUUUCCUGGAAGCCCUGCCCACGCUUGGGACCUCGAAGGAGGCAGAACCCACCAGGCUCCUUCUAGAUCAAGCAAGAAGCACAAUCCUUCCUCCCCCCGACCAUACGCCUCUCUGAGCCCCCGCCAUUGGCCCCGUUCCGCAGCGGCUCCCUCCCAGUCAGCCCCGCGAGGUCCGGCGCUCUCCAGCUUCCCCCUGGCCACCCUCCCCUCCCCCCAGCCUUCUCGCUCUCUCUUCUGGUUUCUGCCGGGGCUUCCAGCCGCCCUCGAUGCCCAGGACUCAUUUCCUUCCCCUUCAAGCCCAUGCAUGGUCACUUUCUCGGGCUGCCCCCCCAGCCCCCGCUCCGUCUUCUGCGCUCCUCUCCCCUCCGCUAUCUGAGACUCAAGCAGGGACGGGGCUCCGUCAGGCUGCCAACUCGCUGUUCUCUGCCUUUCGGGUAGCCCUGGUAGAUGUUCCUCUCCCUCCCUUAGGAGCCUCGAGCCUCUAGAUUUAAACUGUAGAACUUCGCAAAGCGUCAGUACAAGUAUUUUAGCCAAUGUCAACAGUUUACUAUUAGGAUACAUAUAUACAAAAAUAUACAUAAAUAUAGAUGAGUGACAAUAAACUCUGAUUGAGCAACAGCCCUGGAGCGUGUGUGAAUUUUCUCUGCCCUCUGGGACCCUCCCAGGGGCUCAUCCCUUGGCAUUGGACCAUAAAGGGGGGUUUUCUAGUGUGGACGGAAACGUUUGAUCACUGAUAGAACACGUAGACCAGUGGGUUGUGGGGGGGAGGGGGGAAGAGCCACCACUUGGGCCAUCUGGGACAUGUCACAGGACCUCUCUUGGGCCUUAGUUUCUUCAUCUGUAAAAUGAUAGGGUCAGGGAACAGCUGGGUGGCUCAGUGGA